AUGAUACAUCCAGUAGUGUUAGCAAAUGUUUCUCCAAGGAUGGCAAUUAACGAGAUCCAGGUCAGUAAAUCCAAUCAAUUUCUGUUGAAGACAAGUGCGACUGUUCCAGAUCAACUUUAUUUUCCUCCUAACACCAUAAUUUCAAAUUUUGAAAUGGAAGUGGAUUUGACGUCGUUUGGGAAACACAACCGUGAUGAAGAUGAUUCCAUAAGAUCCAACAUUGUGUUGGAUGCUUUGAUCCCUAACACUAAACCUUAUGAACCAGGACUACCCAAACCUCUACUGAUAGCCAUAACAAUGAUUCCCAUAAGGUAUUUUUCUUCUAGCUUAUUUUCAAAUCUCGUUUUCACCGAUUUGACACUUCUCACAAGUUUUGAGUUCAAGAAGCUUAAUUUGAAUUUUGUAAACCUGCCAUUAACUACCACUAUGGUCUUUGAUCAUGAACUGAACCAUUUGAAGCUUACUGUUGUCGAAUUUUAUAACUUUGGGUUCUCAAUUGUCGCCCUCCACCUAUUUGUUAAAAUGCAUUCAUCAGUUUUGCAAAGUCACGAGCGUCUGAGAAACUUCACACGUAACCUUUCUCCGCCCUCUCUCGAAACUCUUAGUCUGAUCAUAAUGCAUACAGAAAGUGAAGUUGAAGUGGGAAGAGUGUUCAUGGGUGCAGGAUGCAACCAUAUAGUCAACAACAUUUCUUGGGGUGCUUCAGGUUUAGUCUCUUUGAUUCUCAAAAUGCCAUGA